AUGAAACUUGAGAUACAAAUGUAUCUUCCCUGGAGAGACUUCAUCACGCUUGCAGAGGUAACGGCUCCUUUGCGAAAUGCUGGCUUCGAACUGUCGGUCACUUUUGACGAGGAGCAGUGGGCGGAGAUACCUUCGCAGUAUCGAGACUUCCACAAGGCUCUGACCAUCAAGGCUAUCACUGGUGCUGAGCUGGACGCCGCCAAUCUUCGUUUCCAGCAAGACAUGCCACAGUUUAUUGCGGAUGACUUGACUGCUCACGGUACCCGUGGAUUUCGUCCCAACAAAAGGCGAUGGCAUUCUUCCCUUGCCUAA